AGUUAGCUCAAGCUUAGUAGAAAUAUAUUUAGAAUGUAACAUCUUGAAAUAAAAUAUUUUUGUAAAGAAGACUGAGGUAAAUUCUUGGAAGUGACAUUACUCAUCUGCAUUACAGUCUGGGCUGCAUCUUAGAUUUAAAAUCUCUACCUAAGAGACUUCAGAGAAAAUAGAUAUGGAUUCAAUAUUAAAAAUGAUGACCUGCCAAAGCAGCAUAUGGAUUCUCCUUGCUAUUAUGAUCAAUGUGAAUGAAGCAUAUCAAUGCCCUAGUUGUCCCAAAAUAACACUUGGAACAGAGAACAAGAAUAUCACAUAUGGACCGAGUAAUGAGCGGGACUGCCAAUGUGAUUGGACAAUACCAACAAGUAUGGAGACAGAUCAUGAAACUGCAGUUCUUCUGUUGUUACAAAAUGUUUCAUUGCCAAUGACAACUGGUAGUGGAAGUAGAGACUGCUCAGGAGAAAUCAGAUUUCCAGGUGCUAGUGGACACAGAUGUGAUUUUGCAAACAACCAGUGUAUUGUUUUUACAACUGAAUCAACCAUUUGUAACAUGAACAUAAUCAGAGAGAAAAUUCCAGUUGCAAAUCACACCUGUGAUUCAAUCAUUCCAUGGAAUAAUGCUGGAGGAAGUCCAUAUAAUGUACAAUACUAUUCCAGAGGCUAUGUUGGUUACACAAAAUACUUCACAAUACAAUAUCUUGUGGUAGAUUGCAGAUCUCCAACAACCACUUUUAAACCAUGUAAGUCAUAA